AUGGACUGCGAUGAGGGCGCCAGGCUUGUUGACGAGGAGCACCAGCCAGCGUCGGCCCCGUCGCCAUGCUGGCGGAGAAGGUGCAGCUUUCGGCUCACCGUAUUGGCGGUGACGUCCGCGGCCCUGCUCGUCCUCGCAAUAGUCGCUGGUCCUCAGAUGCACGGGAGCUUGUGGGAGCUUGGGGAGAUCCGGGAUGUGGUCUCCCUGGCUGACAACGGACCACCUCCGAACUACAGGGGUGGCGGAUUGCUCGACCAGAAGCUGGCGAAGAAGGGCGCGGACCUUGGUGUCUGCGUGGGCCAUGUCAUCUCCGCUGGAGCCUGGACCGCUGCUGUUGCGCUCAAGGUGGCCGGCGCAUCGGUGGAGUGCGAUCUCGGCAACUACGGCCCCGACCCAGGAGACCGGCAGUUCCGCAGAAUUGACCGGACAAUCGCGGAAGACCCAGAAUCUCGGAAGUUACGUGGCCCGCUGUGCGCACGGAAUGUGUUGGCCUUCAUACGUGAUUCCGCCACGGUGGGCACGCUCCUGGAGGCAGCUGCUGACUUCUGCUCGAAUCACCGCAUCGACAACAUUCCGUGUGCUUCUGCCGUGAUGAACGUAGUGCGACAAAGCGCACACUUCUCGCGCUUCGCCAGCGAGCUGGCGCCAUUUUGCCCUGAGGACUCUGAGCUUCGGAGCUUCUUCCUCUGUGGAAACCGGAUUGAAGGACUGGGCUGGAUAAUCGACGCGUUGCUUGGCGCCAUCUCCUCUGCGGCUCGCACCUGCGGAGCCAAGGACGUUGACUUUACGCCGAAGCCGAAGGUGGACUAUGGCUCCUGUGUCGGGGACGUGCUCGGUUCGGCCGGGUACAUCGCGGCCUCGGGCUUCAACACCUGGAAUGCCGCGAACUUCGGAUGCCUGGGGGCACUGGAGCCCGAGGAGAUUCUCAAGUUGACUCCCACAGAGAAGGAUCGCAUCAACGCACGUUGUGCGCAGCUUUCCGCGUCAUCAGCGCGGACCUUCGCCAUCGCAGCCGCCAAGGCCAGCGAAGCAGCACAGCACUGCUCGCCCAACGCAAACGUCAGCAAGGAAGCCAGGUGUGGUCGCACCAUGUCUUUGGGUUUGGCGGCUUUGGCUGGUGCUGCAGAGGCCGCCGGCCGCAUGCGCAGCGAGUGUGGAAGCCAACGAGCCUGCUGCGAAUCCCGCGUAGGCAGUCCCUUCGAGUUUGAUUGCGACUGCACGGGAGACUUUUUCCUUGAAAAGGCGAAGAGCGACAAAUUCCGGGAGAAGCGCUGUGCCCGGUGGGCCUCCGGAAUGAUGAAGGAGAUUUCCAUUGUUUGGACCAUGAUGUCCGAGGCCGCUGGCGAAUGCGGCGACAAUGAUUUUGCGAGCAAUGCUUGCUCCCACUUCCUCGGUGGCACCUUUGCAGGGCUCUUCUUCUUUUCUGAGGCAAUCAGCCGAAUGGCUCUGAGGUGUAAAGACACAGCGGACAGACCAAUCAUCUACUUCGCUUGUUUCCAGGAUCAAGGCUUCAUGGGAGAGUCCAUAGACACCAUGGCUGUGGCGAUCGGAGCUUCCUUGCGGGACUGCGGCUACGGCUUCGGCACGGUGAAGAGGAAAUCUGGCUGGCUCGGUUUUGGCCGCCGCUAUUUUCUGCCAUGA